GGUUUAUUUGAAUGUAAUUUAUUGUAGUUUUCAUUGAUAUACUCUAAGUGUCGCUGUUCACUAUAUAUUGGCCGACAGGCACAUCUCUCCCCCAGUCCACGCAUAGAAAAGGAGGAGAUGUAGGCCUUCUUUGGUCAGCGUGACAAACCAUCGUCUCCAUUAGACAGAGGCUUAGCGUGUAUCGUCGGCUAUUCCACACCUUAACGCAGCAAAUGUUUCAUUUUGAGGGCUGAACAAUAUCUUUACCACGAUUUUUAGUUGGACUACUUGGGUCAUUUGAGAAGAUGGAGUACAUCGGAUUAUCAUUGUCUGUUUCGACGUUCCGUCUGGUUUUCCUUGUUUUUAUGGUGCGACAGAGCCAUGGAGAUAUGAGCUAUUCUAUUCCAGAGGAGAUGAAACGCGGAUCUGUGAUCGGGAAUAUAGCCAAGGACCUCGGUCUGGAUGCGAGAAGAUUUUCAUCUCGCAAGGCUCGUUUGGAUAUGGAUGGUAGUCGUCAAGGUUACUGUGACAUUAAUGUGAAUACUGGAGAAUUAAUUGUGGCUGAAACAAUAGACAGGGAGGAGCUGUGUGGACCGAAGGUUUCUUGUUCUUUAAAAUACGAGCUUGUGCUGGAGAAACCUCUGGAAUUACAUCGUAUUAAUGUGCAAGUCCAAGAUAUAAAUGAUAACUCCCCAACAUUUUCAAACACUCAAAUUAAUUUAGAAAUCCGUGAGUCUGCCGUUAGAGGAACACGUUUCCUUCUUAGCGAAGCCCAUGAUGCGGAUAUAGGACAUAAUGCAGUUCAAAAAUAUUCACUCGAAAAAAACGACUAUUUUGUUUUAGGUGUUCAUACAAACCCAGAUGGUGGGAAAUACGGUGAGUUAGUUGUAGAGAAGGAAUUAGAUCGAGAACAAAAGCAGGAAGUGACAUUGUUACUUACUGCGGUUGAUGGUGGGACUCCACAGAGAUCUGGUACUGCAGUUAUACACAUCACUGUGUUGGAUGCUAACGAUAAUAUUCCAGUGUUUACUCAGAACGUAUAUAAGAUCAGCCUACCUGAGAAUUCUCCAUUAGGUACCGUAGUAAGUACAGUGACUGCUAUUGAUGCAGACGAGGGACCUAAUGGCGAUGUGACCUAUGAACUCGGUCGUAUCAGUAACAAAGCAGGGAAGCUGUUUUUGAUUAACAAGACAACCGGAGAAAUAAAAGUGAUCGGCCCUAUUGAUUUCGAAGAGGAAACAUAUUAUGAAAUGAGCGUGCAGGCAAAAGAUGGUUUAGGGUCAGCCUCAAACUGUAAAGUUAUUAUAGAAAUCACAGAUGUGAAUGAUAAUGCACCAAUAUUAUUGAUCAAAUCUCUGACCAAUCCAAUUCCCGAGAAUGUGUUACCUGGCACAGAGGUGGGCAUCAUUAAUGUACAGGAUAAAGACUCUGGGGGGAAUAGACAGGUCCGCUGCUCCAUUCAACAAAAUGUUCCUUUCAAAUUAAACCCCUCAAUCAAAAACUACUAUUCUCUGGUAACAACUAGUGAACUAGACCGUGAGAUAAUAUCAGAUUAUAACAUAACUAUCACUGCCACUGACGAGGGGUCUCCACCUUUAUCCUCCUCAAAGACUAUUCAUUUAUCUGUAUCAGACGUGAAUGACAACCCACCUGUGUUUGAAGAACAAUCCUACAGUUCCUAUGUGACUGAAAACAACAAGCCUGGCUCCUCUAUGUGUUCUGUUACUGCCAGAGACCCAGACUGGAGACAGAACGGUACGGUGGUCUAUUCUCUAUUGCCCAGUGAUGUCAACGGUGUUCCGGUGUCCUCAUUUCUAUCCAUUAACGGAGACACGGGGGUGAUCCAUGCUGUGAGACCAUUUGAUUAUGAGCAGUUUAGGAGCUUCAGAGUCCACGUUGUAGCCAGAGACAAUGGUUCUCCUCCACUCAGCAGUAACGUGACAGUGAGUGUCUUCAUAACAGAUGAGAAUGAUAACUCUCCCCAGAUAUUAUACCCUGCGCCAGCAGGGAACUCCUUGAUGACUGAGAUGGUCCCCAAAGCUGCUCUGGCGGGGUCCCUGGUUUCCAAGGUGAUCGCUGUGGAUGCUGACUCUGGACAGAACGCGUGGCUUUCAUAUCAGAUCGUGAAAUCGACUGAUCCGGGACUUUUCACUAUUGGUCUCCACAGUGGAGAGAUCAGGGCACAGCGCGACAUUUCUGAAUCUGACAGUAUGAAGCAGAACCUUGUUAUAUCAGUGAAAGAUAACGGACAGCCCUCUCUCUCUACAACCUGUGAUGUGUAUUUACUCAUAUCAGACAACUUGGCUGAAGUUCCUGAACUGAAAGACAUGGCUUAUGAGGAUAGUUCCAAACUAACUUCCUAUUUGAUCAUCGCACUGGUCUCUGUCUCCACCUUUUUCCUGACUUUCAUUAUUCUCAUCCUGGCCGUGAGGUUCUGCCGCAGUAGAAAGCCUAGAAUGUUGUUUGAUGGAGCAGUCGCCAUUCCCAGCGCGUAUUUCCCUCCCAACUAUGCAGAGGUGGAUGGAGCUGGAACUCUGCGCAGUUCUUACAAUUAUGACGCAUACCUGACAACGGGCUCACGCACCAGUGACUUCAAGUUUGUCAGAUCUUACAAUGACAGCACGCUGCCUGCUGACCAGACACUGAAGAGGAGUCAAAUCGAGUGUUUGGGAGAAAGUAUAUUCACUCCUAACUUCGCGGAGAAUACUGAGGUGAGAUUAGAAUCCUAUUUUUACUAUUGAUUGACCUUUUAUGUUAACACAUGUAUUGAGAUGACCACAAGUCUGUCAAAUGUUUGAAUGUGAUCACUGUGUUGUUGGCUUAUCAGACAUUGCGACGUUUUUAAAUUGACUGAAUUCAGGAGGCGUCACUGGUAAUACGUGUAUUCCAAGCAGAAUAAACCGGCUACAUCGCUCCUACAUUUUUUUUGCGAGGGAUUAAACAAUCAUUUUACUGAAGUGUCUUAUGCCAGAGCAUGGUGCCAUAUCUACAGACUUAUUUGAUGACUUUCUAAUGCAGGAUGCGCGUUUACAAGGUUGAAGUGCUCCGUUUUUUUUUUAACGCAGAAUAAGCUACUAUGUCAUCUAUUUGAAGUGCUCGGUCUGUAAUUAUAUAGGCCUAUGCUAGGUGAAAUAGCCUGCUGCUACUUUAAGUGAACAUAUUUAUGACGUUUAUUGGAUUGCAAUUUGCAGCACUAAAUGAUUAACUCUCUAUGGUUGGCGCGAAAGAUACGUGCGCAAUAGCGUCGGUAAUGUUUCAGAACUGGACAGCGACCAUACUUUAAGGAUUUGGCAAUAGAGUAUCCGAGAUGAGGGUAACCUUUUCAGUCAUUGAAUAAUAUGCAAUGUAUAUAUUAUAUUAGUGUAUUAUUUCGGUUGUUUUGGGUGCAU